AUGGACGAAUUGUGUAAGGGAAUGUCACAAACAGGAAGCUCAAUUAUUGCAACUGACAAAACUCAAGAAAAUAAUGGUUCUAUGGUGUAUGUCAACGAUCCAUGUCUGGAGUGCGAACGCGUACGUGCUGCGUGCGAACGUCUCGGUUCCGUUGUAGCCGUUAGCGUUGGACAAGGACUUCCUACACUGACGUCGCCGGCCUAUUUUAUCACUUCACCGUUUGAGGGCGACUUAUUCGAUGCAGCGCACAAAGCUAAAUAUAGGGAUGACACUUCUUGCGAACUAAAUAGGCAUCUCCUGGAGGCGUACCCACCAAUAGAAGGCAUCUCACUUAUACAUAGAGAAGAGGGUACCACCACCAUAAAAGCCGGCGACGCAUUUGCAAACCUUCUGGUGUAA